UUUGCUCGCAACAUGUCAGCGACGUCGCUGCCACCCUUCACGCGAUCGGCACACCAGAUUCCCCCGUGGGGCGAAACCAACGGCCCUGUCCUGCCCUUGCUGCACAGCGGCCAACCUCGCCAGCCACAGCUGCCCCCGUUGCGACCCCUCUACUCCAUUUACGACGACUCGAGGUAUCGUACGUGCAGCCGAGAGCAGUGCACGAGGUUUGCCAAAGUCCACGGUGUGUGCCUGGCGCAUGGCGUCGCACCGCCUAUCUCAUCUCCAGCCGCGCGCAUGCCGCUGACCGCUUCUUCGACGGACACGACCCCCAAGCGUCGGAAGAAGGCCGCCACCCGACUGUGCACGUUUGAAGGUUGCACCAAUGCUGCCAAGCGAAAGGGCGUGUGCAUGGACCACGGCGGCCGCCACAUUUGCAAAGUUGAGCAUUGCCAAAAGUGCGCUCACAAAGGCGGGUUCUGCAUCGGUCACGGAGGUGGCCGUCGGUGCUCCGUCGAUGGCUGCGGCAAGAGCGCCCAAGCCGGCGGUACGUGCUAUAGCCACGGAGGUGGCAAGCACGGCAGCCGCAUCUACUGCAAGUGGGAAGGGUGCCAAAAGUGUGCCCACAAGGGCGGGUUCUGCAUCGCCCACGGCGGAGGCCGUCGCUGCGACGUCCAAGGUUGCACACGGAGCGCGCAAGUCGGUGGGUCGUGCUACAGCCAUGGCGGUGGGAAGCGGUGCCGCGUCAACGGCUGCAACCACGCCGGUCGUCUCAGCGGGCUCUGCAUUCGCCACAAGAAAGUGAGCGACAUGGACUCCCUCGGCGCGAACUUUGUCAAUGGCGAGCCUAUGGCGCGUUAGAAUCGAGAUCUUGUCGUUUAACUUAAUCGGUGUGUCCAUGUAAGCACCACUGGCGCCACCAAGGAAUGCGCGC